UUCGCCGCCAGGAAGCCACACUGCAGGCGGAGCGACGCUGCCAUUUCCCUCCGACAGAUCUCCGCCACUGCAGCACGAGCAGCGCGGCCGCUGUCGAUGAUCAGCAGCAGCAACCGCUCGUCACUGGCCCAAGAAAAGCUCGAGCUAUUCAAAUCACUGGAGCCAUGGGUGAGCACCGAAAUUUUGCCGCUGCUGUCGGACGCUGAGAAAUGCUGGCAGCCGAGCGAGUUUCUUCCUGACGUUACGCUUCCAGUGGCGGAUUUCGCGGAGCAAGUCCGGGACCUGCAGGCGCGCACGGCGGGGCUGGCGGACGAGUACUUUGUGGUGCUGGUUGGGGACAUGAUUACAGAGGACGCGGUGUCCACUUACCAGACGGUGCUCAACACGUGGGACGGAGUGCGAGACCAGAGUGCGGCCAGCCCGAGCCCGUGGGCCGUGUGGAUUCGGGCCUGGUCCGCCGAGGAGAAUAGACAUGGCGAUUUGCUCAGGACCUUUCUCUAUCUUUCCGGCAAAGUCGACAUGCUCAUGCUCGAGAGGACUGUCCAGUGCUUGAUUCGUUCCGGAAUGGACGGAGGAUUCGAAAACAAUCCAUACUUGGGGUUUGUCUACGUGGCAUUUCAAGAGCGAGCCACGUUCAUAACUCACGGCAACACCGCCCGGCUCGCAAAGAAGGGCGGGGACCCAAUUCUGGCCAUCAUAUGCGGAACCAUUUCUGCGGAUGAAAAGCGCCAUGAGUACGCUUACACUAAGAUCGUCGAAAAGCUACUCGAGGUCGACCCCAACGAGACAAUUAUCGCCAUAGGCAAAAUGAUGCGGAGGGGAAUCACGAUGCCCGGCGCCCUAAUGUACGAUGGCUGCGACCCAAACCUAUUUGAACAUUACUCAACCGUGGCCCAAGCCAUUGGAGUUUACACAACCAAAGACUACGUAGACAUUCUCGACUUCUUUAUCAAACGGUGGAGGCUAGAGAAGCUCCACGGCCUCAAUGGGGAGGCUAGACGCGAGCAAGAAUUCGUGUGCCGUCUUCCGGAUAGGUUAAGAAAAUUCAAUGACCAAGUAGGAGAACGAGCUAAGAGGCAAUUGCAAGAACACAAGCUCAAGUUUAGCUGGAUUUUCAAUAAAUACGUAACUAUUUGAGUCGACAAGAAAGUACAUCGCAAAUCAAUCGCUGUCUUCUUGCAAGACUUACUAUAUAAUGUCAUAUCCUUUAAUUAAGUUUGUAAUAAAGGUGAAUGUAGGUCUUCGAGAAGAAUAUGUAGACCGUGUUGGAGUUAAUGCCAUUCUAAUA